GUGGACGAUAACAACCACCCACCACCGUAAUCUCAAAACUUUUCGAGUGGUUCAUAAAAAAAACCCACCAAAUCUCUCAGACGAGUUUCAUCGGCAAUCGUCGCCGGGAAAAUAUGAUCGGCGGGGGGAGAGUUUACUGGGGGAAGAAGGCGGAUAGAGAGAUGGACGACGGUGGAUCUAACGGCGUCGUAGUGAUCUUCGCGUGGAGUUCGAUUAACGAGAGUCAUCUUGCGAGUUUCGUUGACCUCUACUCUUCUCUCGGUUGGAACUCGCUUGUUUGCCGCGCUGAUUUUCUCACUGCGUUUUACCCAGAGAUGGCUCUCUCUCUAGCAUUUCAUCUUCUUGCUGAGCUCGUUGAGGAGCUAAAGACCAGACCGUGUCCUGUAAUCUUUCUAGCUUUCUCUGGGGCUCCAAAAGCUUGCAUGUACAAAGUACUACAGGUGAUCAUGGGUGAUUGUGAACCUCAAAUUCAUCCGGAUGAUAGCCAGCUGGUUAGAAACUGUCUUUCUGGACAUGUCUACGACUCUGGCCCAUUGGAUUUCACGAGUGAUUUGAAUACGAAAUUCGCACUACCUCCAUCCAUACGACGAAUGUCUGUGCCUUCAAGACUCAUAUCUUGGAUGACCAAAGGGAUAUCUUCAGGGCUUGACGGUUUAUAUCUUACAAGAUUUGAAUCUCAACGCAGUGAGUAUUGGCAGGCCCUCUACUCAUCUGUCGAAAUUGGGGCUCCAUAUCUCAUCUUAUGCUCGGAGAAUGACGAACUUGCUCCUCACCAAGUGAUUUCGAGCUUCACCCAUCAAUUACAGGAACUGGGAGGAGAAGUUAAAGUUGUCAAGUGGAAAAACUCUCCUCAUGCAGGACACUACACGCAUAACCCUAUACAAUACCGAGCUGUUAUCUCCAACUUUCUAGAGAAGGCCAUAUCAGUUCACUUACAUAAAAUCCGGCAGCUUGGGGAAAGAGCUCGCACGCAUGAUGAGAUCUCUGAGUUAAUAUGCGACCUUCAGAAAGUAGCUGUGGACUCUAACCAAAGCCUAAAAAGAGUAGCCACCGGUCCAAGUGACCACUUUUUCUUACCAAGCUCAGCUCCGUAUCAAAGUAACAACACUGAUCCAUCGUCUUCACAGGAAGAGCAGAGAGAGAGAUCAUCCUUCCGCCCGCUCCAACCAACGAGCAUAAACGCUAACAGCGUUCUUGGGCAGUUCCUGUUCGAUUCAUGUGUUCCUAAGAACAUCGAAGGUUGGGAUAUUAGAUUUGGAGGUUGUCUCAACGGCCAACCAUACGCCACUUGCUCUUCCCGUAAGAAUUCAAAUCGUGGUUUCAAGAAACAACUCUUACGUUCAAAACUGUGAUGAACUUGGGUGGAGUACACGCGUAAUGGGAGGUAUUGUAGUAGAGAGAUGUUUAGGAAAAAGUAGAGGGUUGUUUGUAACUUUAUAUGAUGUGGGAAGAUGUAAAUAGAGUGGAUCUUCAACAUAUCGUUUUACUUGUGUGUCAACAAAGACAACACUGUAAAAUGUAUUACUAAUGUAUGUUAUCAUCAUAGCUUCAAUUC